AUGGAAACUACAGAGAAUGGGAAACUCCAAAAUAUGAACCCGUUAAUCAAGAAGAACGAGGUGCUCGCCCAAAGGAUGUGUACACUUAACUUUGGGAUCCGAGGUUACAGAAGUAAACAUAAGAUCAACACAGAGAACGCAAUACCUACAAAACAACCUCCUCUUAGAUUGCCUCACCCUGCUGCUGAAUUCGUCGACAAAGAGUCCGGCAACAUUCGAGAGGCUCAUGGAAACAGUACUAGCUGGUCUCAAUUACAAGAUAUCCUAGCUGUCGGGAAAGGGAGUACAGACAGACCCACAGAAGAUUUCUGUCGUAUCCAAGUGGCCAGUUCACUGAAUGCUAGUGAAGUAAGAUCCUUUACAGGCUUAUGUAGUUACUACAGAAGGUUUAUAAAAGGAUUUUCUUCCAUUGCCAAGCCUCCGUUUAAGUUGACAGAGAAAGGAAGAGAUCCCCGCCCCCUUCAUGCAGCCUUAACAGAGCUGCGUGCCCUAAAAUGGUUACUUAACUUCAAAGAUCCUGAAGGCCAGACUCAAGAGGAACUUACUACUCCAAGUGUAGAGUGUGAAGUUGUUGCAAUGAUUGAUUCUGUUUCCAAUGAUUUGAAUAGUCUUCAGGACAAUGACGAGAACUUAUCACAGAUCAAAGCCUGGGUAAACCGUAGUAAACGUCCAGAAUAUUCUGAUAUAAAGCAUAGAAAAAGGAGCGAGAUUUUAGAGCUUUGCCAUGAUGCCAGAACCUCAGGACAUCUUCGAGUCCAUAAGACACUAGAAAGAGUAAGAGACCGAUUCUAUUGGACAGGAUUGCAAAGUGACGUAAGGAGUUAUGUUACAGGUUGUCCCCAGUGCAAAAAGAGAAAGAAUCUCUCAGCAGGAAAAUCUUACAUGCAAGUUGAUCAAACAGAUUCUCCCUUAGAGCGCAUAGCAACAGAUAUAAUGGGACCAAUGCCAGAAACCAACAGAACCAACAAAUAUUUACUUGUCAUUGCAGACUACUUCACAAAGUGGACCGAGGCAUAUCCAAUGAAGAACAUGGAAGGCCAGACAGUAGCCGAAGUACUAGUGGGGCAGUUCUUUACCAGAUUUGGUGUGCCAGAAGUCAUACAUAGCGACCAAGGAAGGCAAUAUGAAAGCAGAAUGUUUAAAGAUAUUUGUAGCUUACUGGGUAUACGGAAAACAAGGACAACCGCCUUUCAUCCCAAGUCGGACGGGAUGGUUGAGAGAUUUAAUAAAACUCUAGCUACAAUGUUAUCUGCCUAUGUCUUGGAUCAUCAAACCGACUGGGACAAACACUUGCCUUAUGUACUUAUGGCAUAUUGUUCAGCUAUUCACGAGAGUACAGGGUAUACACCCAACAUGCUAAUGUUGGGAAGGGAAAUCUCAACUCCCUUGUACAUUAUGUAUGGAUUACCAGGAGAAAAAGAACACACGAGUGUUCAUGAAUAUGUGUGGAAGUUACAUAGCACUUGA